AUGGCUGGAGUACGAAGUGCUCUGGCAUCUCUGGCAGGUCAAGGUUUCUUCUGUGGCCUUGUUGUGAUCCAUCUGGGUGCAAGCAGCAGCAGCGGUCAGAGUUUUGAUGAACGCGUCGCUCUCAUCGUCUUCCUCUCUCUGGUCAUGCUCAUGAGUGUACUUGGCAACCUGCUGGUCAUGGUGGCUGUGUGCAAGGACCGCCAGCUAAGGAAAAUAAAGACCAACUACUUUAUUGUGUCGCUGGCCUUUGCGGACCUGUUGGUGUCGGUUCUGGUGAUGCCGUUCGGGGCCAUCGAGCUGAUCCGGCAGGACUGGAUAUUCGGCCCCACCUUCUGCCUGGUGCGGACCUCGCUGGACGUUCUGCUGACCACAGCCUCUAUCUUGCACCUCUGUUGCAUCUCCCUGGACAGGUACUAUGCUAUCUGCUGCCAGCCGCUGGUAUACAGGAACAAGAUGACACCCUUGCGUGUGGCACUGAUGAUUGGGGGAUGCUGGGUAAUCCCCACCGUCAUCUCCUUCCUACCCAUAAUGCAAGGGUGGAACAGCAUCGGAAUACGUGAGCUGAUCGCGGAGCGACAGAAGAUAGGCAACGGCACCAUUGCGUGCGUGUUCAUGGUGAACAAGCCGUACGCGCUGACCUGCUCUGUGGUGGCCUUCUACAUCCCUCUGGGCCUCAUGGUGCUGGCCUACCAGCGCAUCUAUGUGACGGCCCGCGAGCACGCGCGGCAGAUCGGCGCCCUCCAGAGGGCCGGAGGUGCCGCUUCGUCCUCGGGCUCGGGCGGCCCACAUGACAGCGCCGACCACCAGCGCAACCACCGCAUGCGCACGGAGACCAAAGCGGCCAAGACUCUGUGCAUCAUUAUGGGAUGCUUCUGCCUGUGCUGGGCACCGUUCUUCAUCACAAACGUGGUGGACCCGUUCAUCGACUACUCGGUGCCCGACCAACUGUGGGCGGCCUGCCUGUGGCUUGGCUACAUCAACUCCAUGCUCAACCCCAUCCUGUACGCCUUCCUCAACAAGUCCUUCCGCCGUGCCUUCCUCAUCAUCCUGUGCUGCGGCCAGAAGCGCUACCGCAGGCCCUCUCUGCUUGGACCCCGCACACCCUGCGCCGCCACUCAGAUCAACGGCUCCACGCACAUGCUCAAGUGA